UGCGCCGUUGGAGCCUCUCGCCGAACUCUCGGGAGCUCGUUCCCUCCCUCGCUUCUUCUCUCUUACCCCACCUUUCUCUAUUCUCCACAAAAACAAGUAAAUUAAAAAAAGGAGCAGAGAUAUGGCAUCGAACCCUCCUCUUCCCUCGUUCAAGAUAAUCUUGGGUUCGUCGUCGGUGGCUCGCCGUCAUAUUUUAGCUGAGAUGGGAUAUGAAUUCGAAGUCAUGACUGCGGACAUUGAUGAGAAGAGUAUUCGGAGGGAGAAGCCGGAAGAAUUAGUGAUGGUUCUUGCCGAGGCAAAGGCUGAUGCUAUCAUUUCCAGGAUUAAAAUUACAGAUUACAGUGAAAAGGAUGCUGUACCGACACUCUUACUAACUUCUGAUAUAGUUGUGGUCCAUGAAGGGAUCAUCAGAGAAAAGCCAACCAGCAAGGAAGAAGCUCGUCAGUUCCUGAAAGGCUAUUCUGGGGAUCAUGUAUCAACUGUAGGAUCAGUAGUUAUUACCAAUCUUAAGACCGGGAGGAGAUAUGAAGGCUUGGAUAAAGCUGAGGUAUAUUUCCACGAUAUUCCAGAUGAGAUCAUUGAGGGCCUGGUUUUUUGGUUAAAUUUUCUCAGAUUGAUGAGGGGGUUGUAUUCAGAGUUGCGGGUGGCUUACUGCUAGAACAUCCAUUGACUCUGCCAUUUGUUGAAGCAGUGGUAGGGGCCACCGAUAGUGUGAUGGGACUCCCCAAGGCUCUUACAGAAAAGCUCAUUCGGGAGGCUCUUUUGGCUGAGUCAUAGUCUAUUGCUAAGUCUUUUAUAUGGUACAAUGUAUUUGCAUGACAGCAGCCCCUGUGACCCUAUUCUUCUCAUUGUCUAAACUUCUUCAUGUUCACAGUAAUUCUUUCACUUUUUUAGCAUAUUGAUGGUGUAAGUACCAUAUUACCUCAUCAUUUAUAAAUACUCUUCCCACUAUUUUAAGCUUAUA